AUGGAUUCGGCUACUUCUAUGACCACAGGCGCCAGCCCGCCCCAAUCAACAACCACAGCACACCCAGUUACUCCAGAUACUACUGGAAGCACAAGGACACUUCUCCAGCCGGCAAUGGAUUUCAUAAGGGGACAGUCACGGGAGCUGAGGUCCUCACUGCGUCUUCAACGGGACAUAUUUGUCGACGGCUGGACCGGUCGGUUCGAUGAUAUGUCGGAACAGAUCGCCGAGGACAAGCGGCAGGCUCGGGCACAUGUCUGCCGAGCCAAAUACUCUGUUCGUGAGCGGUUGGAAAAUCUCAAGGAAAGGAGGGCUCGAGAGAAGGCCGGGGCCCCAAAUACUUUCCCGCAGUUCUCCCUUUUACCUGCAGAGAUUCGUUUGCAGAUCUGGGAAGAGGCUCUACCGGGGUCGCGGGCCGUAGUCCUGCGCUCUCCAUAUACAGCUACCGACACUCUGCUUGCGGAACUUAGGCUCAUCAUACCGCAAAUAAGAAGGCGAGGGGCUCCUAGUGACAGUACCACCGACGGCGGUAGUGUUGUUGUCGUAAACGCAGACGAUAACAACGAAGCUGCAACCGACAACACCGCUGCUACUACACUCAUAACCACCACGCCUCCCACCCCGACCAACAAGACCACCGCCACCACCACCACCAGCAAGCUCCUCAAGACGAAACCCAAAACCACAGGCUGGACAAGCUCCACGCCACCACCAGCACUCCUCCACGCCUGCCACGAAUCCCGAACCGUAGCGCUCAAGCGGUACGAGCUCGUCCUCGGCUGUGAGGACGGCCAAGCCCGCAUCUACGCAGACCUGACCCGGGACGUCAUCUGCCUGUCGGGCAGGGUGGUCUCGCCGCGCUGCGCCACGCUCUGGCGCCAGACGACCGACCUCGGCCGCAUCCGCCACCUCGCCGUCGCCGGCUGCCCCUGGGCCUUGUGGAGCAACACGCACGGCGUAACCGACGGUCUCGCGCAGAGCCUCCCGCCCGCCGACCUGCUGCGCUCCGGCUUCGCCGCCCUCGAGGACGUCUGCGUCGUCCGCUCCGUGCGCUGGCAGUACGGCCGCCUGCCCGGUGGCGCCGCGAGGGACUACGACCGCUGGGCGAGGGAGGAGGAGGCCGCCGAGGGGCUCGAGAGGUUACAUACCAAGUGGCGUGACGGCGUCAUGGCCAUAAGUAGCGGCGAUCGCAAGUCGGCAGAGGAUGAAGAUGAGACACAGCAGCAACAGCAGCAGGCUGACGGUCAAGUAGAUGGCGAUUUAUGA